ACAGGGCGGUGCCAACGUCCCCGCCCCGCCCGGUCCGGCCAGCUUGGCCCGGGGGCUUCGGGCUGUCGGGCCGCGGCGCCCUUCUCUGCCAGGUGGCGAGGACACCUGCUCCACGUAGGCGUCAUGAGGUCCCCAGUUCGAGACCUGGCCCGGAACGAUGGCGAGGAGAGUACGGAUCGCACGCCUCUUCUGCCCGGCACCCCACGGGCCGAAGCCGCUCCAGUGUGCUGCUCUGCUCGUUACAACUUAGCAAUUUUGGCCUUUUUUGGUUUCUUCAUUGUGUAUGCAUUACGUGUGAAUCUGAGUGUUGCAUUAGUGGAUAUGGUAGAUUCAAAUACAACUUUAGAAGAUAAUAGAACUUCCAAGGCGUGUCCAGAGCAUUCUGCUCCCAUAAAAGUUCAUCAUAAUCAAACGGGUAAGAAGUACCAAUGGGAUGCAGAAACUCAAGGAUGGAUUCUCGGUUCCUUUUUUUAUGGCUAUAUCAUCACACAGAUUCCUGGAGGAUAUGUUGCCAGCAAAAUAGGGGGGAAACUGCUGCUAGGAUUUGGGAUCCUUGGCACUGCUGUCCUCACCCUGUUCACUCCUAUUGCUGCAGAUUUAGGAGUUGGACCACUCAUUGUACUCAGAGCACUAGAAGGACUAGGAGAGGGUGUUACAUUUCCAGCCAUGCAUGCCAUGUGGUCUUCUUGGGCUCCCCCUCUUGAAAGAAGCAAGCUUCUUAGCAUUUCAUAUGCAGGAGCACAGCUUGGGACAGUAAUUUCUCUUCCUCUUUCUGGAAUAAUUUGCUACUACAUGAAUUGGACUUAUGUCUUCUACUUUUUUGGUACUAUUGGAAUAUUUUGGUUUCUUUUGUGGAUCUGGUUAGUUAGUGACACACCACAAAAACACAAGAGAAUUACCCAUUGUGAAAAGGAAUACAUUCUUUCAUCAUUAAGAAAUCAGGUAUGGACUUUGACACAUUUUAAAAAUAAUGUCAGAACCUUUUUUUCUUCAGAAUUAAGAUACCAAUUUUUAAAAAUAGAUAUUCCUAUUGUGCAUGCUCUAGACAAAGUAAAUGGGUUUUUAUCUUCAUUGCCUUAUUUAGGCUCUUGGUUAUGUAUGAUCCUGUCUGGUCAAGCUGCUGACAACUUAAGGGCAAAAUGGAAUUUUUCAACUUUAUGUGUUCGCAGAAUUUUUAGCCUUAUAGGAAUGAUUGGACCUGCAGUAUUCCUGGUAGCUGCUGGCUUCAUUGGCUGUGAUUAUUCUUUGGCCGUUGCUUUCCUAACUAUAUCAACAACACUGGGAGGCUUUUGCUCUUCUGGAUUUAGCAUUAACCAUCUGGAUAUUGCUCCUUCGUAUGCUGGUAUCCUCCUGGGCAUCACAAAUACAUUUGCCACUAUUCCAGGAAUGAUUGGGCCCGUCAUUGCUAAAAGUCUGACCCCUGAUAACACUGUUGGAGAAUGGCAAACCGUGUUCUAUAUUGCUGCUGCUAUUAACGUUUUUGGUGCCAUUUUCUUUACACUAUUCGCCAAAGGUGAAGUACAAAACUGGGCCCUCGAUCACCAUGGACACAGACACUGAAGGAACCAAUAAAUAAUCCUGCCUCUAUUAAUGUAUUUUUAUUUAUCAUGUAACCUCAAAGUGCCUUCGGUAUUGUGUAAGCAUUCUAUGUCUUUUUAAUUGUACUUGUAUUAGAUUUUUAAGGCCUGUAAUCAUGAAGUAUCACUAGUUGCCAGAUUAAUAAAAUGAACCGUGUUUAAUUGUGAAUAAUAUCUAUGCUAGGACUUCUACUUUAGGUUCACAUACCUGCCUGCAAGUCGGGCAACAUGAAGUAGGAGAGUUCCGUUGAUUUUUUAGGGCCAUACUUAAGGGAAUGAGCUGAAACAGAGCUCUGAAUACCUUUGCUUAAUUAAACUAGAUGAUAAUUCUCAGGUAUUGAUAAACACCUGUUGUUCACUUUCCUCAUAAAAAUUGUCAGGUCUCUCUGACACUUAGAUCUCAAACUUUAGCAUCUCCGUGGAGCUGCCAUCCACUGUAUAAUUUGGCCUGGCAACGAGACUGAGGGGAGUGUACCCAGGCAGCUGCCAGGCACUCCCUCCCUGGCUUCAGGGUCAGAGUGCUCAGCAUUUAUCAGAGGCAGCAUCCAAGCCCAGAGCCAGUGUCGACUCUUCGGCUGGUGCCUUUCCUCUGAGGGGCUAUUAAUGUGUAGAUAAAGCCCUGAGUAGGCAGGAGCAGUGAGAUCCACUGCUGUGGUCUUGAUACAUCCUCAGACUUUCCCUUCCCAGCACAGAGGAAUAUCGGCUGGCAUGCAACCUGCAAAAGAAAAGUGCGAAGCGGCCGGGCAUGGUGGCUCACGCCUGUAAUCCCAAUACUUUGGGAAGCCGAGGUGGUCGAAUCACAAGAUCAGGAGUUCAAGACCAGCCUGGCCAGCAUGGUGAAACCCCGUCUCUACUAAAAAUACAAACAAUUAGCUGGGCGUGGUUGUGGGCGCCUGUAAUCCCAGAUACUCAGGAGGCUGAGGUAGGAGAAUCACUUGAACCCAGGAGGUGGAGGUUGCAGUGAGCCAAGGUCGCACCACUGCACUCCAGCCUGGGCGAUGGAACAAGACUCCAUCUCAAAAAAAAAAAUAAAAAAGAAAAGUGCGAUGCCCAGUCCAUCACAAAUAAGAUCAUCCUAGUUUAAAUCUACUCUCACAUGGACCACAGUAUACAUUUCUAAGUGCUGUGUUUUGUUUGUUUGUAUUUUGUAGAGAUGGGGUCUUGUUUUGUUGCCCAGGCUGGUUUUGAACUCCUGGCUUCAAGCGAUCCUCCUGCCUCGGCCUCACAAAGUGUUGAGACUACAGGCAUGAGCCACUGUGCCCAGCCUGUUCUGUGUUUUUUAAGCUGCAGGAGAAUUUUUUUAAAAACUAAUUCUCACUGUUUGUUCAGUCUGUCUUCAUCGAAGUUUGUGGUUGCAGUUUAAAGUUAAAGUGACUUUUAAAGGCCACAUCACCUGAGACUAGGGUAAUCAUCUUUACUUCAGGUUCCUGAAAUCAUAUUUUUCCAGUGGACCAUCCUCCAGUGGUUGUGGUUGUUGAGCAUGCUUUCAGAGCACCUAUGUGGCUUAAAACUUCGCUUAUGUUUUCUGUUCAACACUACCUGUAAUAUUUUAAAACUGAUUAAUGUGAUGUGAAUACAUUUAUGUAAAUUUAUGUUUAAAUUUGUAAAUAGCUUUAAAUUGCUAUGGCAAUGUUUCCUUUAUAAAUCAUCAAAAUAAACCUUUGUGAAUUGAUUUUUGGA